AUGGCAUUUGCAACAUUAGAAGUGCAGAAAGAAAAGCAAAAUUAUAGGUCAAUUAAUAGACCAAGAUUAUAUGAAAAUUUAAAGGAUCAUAUAGAUCUAGGCACAGGAUACUCUGAUGCUGUUAAAAGAAAUGUGAACAGGGAUAAAGGAAAUAAGAAAGGGGACAAUAUUAAGCAACACAAUAAUGACAUGGAAGAGAGAGUCCAAGCCUUGGAAGAAUAUAUGGAAAAAGAAGCUUUUGAUGAAGUAAUGGAGGAAGGUAAAUAUUUAGAUAAUACUGUGAAGGAAGUGUAUAAUGCAACUACUGAAAAUAUAAGAACAAAAGAAAAACAAGUAACACAAAUAGAACAAAUAGCAUAUACUGUUAAAAUUUUGUCAAAUUUAAUACCAGAGUUGAACCAAUCUAAUGUUGAGACACAAAAAAGAUUAGAAAGAAUGGAAAAUAUGUCUAAUUUAUCUAAACAACAGGAAAAUAUAAGAAGCAUUUCCUAUUAA